GCGCGCCUCAGUUGCUCCACCGCGCAUGCGCGUGAACUGUCACUUUCGUUUGGAAACCGCGAAUGUGUUGCAGAAAGUGAAAAAUUUAUAAAAAAUUAAAUUAAAAAAUCCAAAAAUGUUUGAUUCAUUAUUGCUUGUGGUAUUAUUGACGAGUUUCGUGGGAGCCGAUAGCGGUCUCAGUUUACCGGAAGACUUCACGAGAUGUCGGCAGAAAGACCCCAAACUGAACGAGUGUCUCAAAAUGGCUGUCCCUGACGCGCUCCGGAGGAUGAAGAAAGGUAUCCCAUCCCUGUCGGUGCCCCAGAUGGAGCCGCUGCACGUGAGCAGCAUCAACGUGGGCUCCGGCUCCGGGCCCGUGGUCAUCACGCAGAUGUACAGGAACAUCAAGCUGCAUGGCCUCACUGAUACUGUGCUCACCUUGUACAAGGCUGAUCUCAAGAACUACAGGCUGAGGACGGACUCCAUAACUCCUAAGAUGGAGUUCAUAGCCGACUACAUCAUGAAGGGUAGGAUCCUACUGCUGCCCAUCCAAGGGAAAGGUGCUGCCAACAUCACUAUGGUGAACCUGGUGGUGAAGCACGAUCUGAUUGGCGAGCCGGUGGUGAAGGACGGACAGACGUACAUGCACAUCAAGGAGUACAGAGUCAAGUUCAUCCCGCAGAAGGUCGAGCUGUACUUCUCCAACCUCUUCAACGGAGACAAGGCGCUUGGUGACACCAUGAACCAAUUCCUGAACUCCAACUCGGACCUGGUCUUCAACGAACUGAAGGAAUCCUAUGAAAAAUCACUCAGUUCCGUAUUCCAGAAUGUCACAAAUGAGAUAUUCGACAGAGUGCCAAUGAACAAAAUAUUCCUUGAAGAUUAAUCUGUAAGAGUAGCAAGACUUAAAGCCUAAAUUAGUAACUGACCUCAAUCCAAAAAUUUGCAGAUUAUGAUCGAUUUUUGACAUAAGUUUCUAGAAAUUGUGGAAGAGCCAUACUUUGACACGAACGGCUGGCUCGACCGGAGUGAUACCACAGUCGAGCAGAAAACCGACGCGAAACACACUUGCGUUGUGUUUCGUCAUGUCAGGUUAGAGGCCCAAUUACCCCAAUCUCGCCAAACUCCAAAUUCCCAAAAUCCUCACAUUCCUAACCCCCAAAACGCAAAGCAACGCACUUGUAACGCCUUUGGUGUUUCCAGUAAACCGGUGGCGAUUUCUUACCAUCAGGUGAUCCGUCAGCUUGUUUACUGGCUUAUUCCAUAAAAAACUAGAUAAAAAAUUAUAUCA